GGUUUCCAUAACCCCCGCAGAUUCCGUGCACAUAUUUUGGAAUCCGCAUGACGUGUUAAGACCCUAAUUCUUAAGACAUCCUUCGCACAUGAUCUUCCAACGUGUCCAAUUUUAUAAUUGUAGUAGCUGUCUAUAAGACAUUCCGCGUAUUUAAAGAUCGCAGGACGAAUCUUGCAGUUUUGCUGCUUCGCGUGGAGUCAUAAAGCGCCAUGAGAUUUACCUAUAUCUAUAGUGUAUCUAGGACGCUGCAUAGCGUAUAAGACACCACUAUUUCCGCCCGUAAGCUAUUACGGUACGGCCCUAUAAAGCAAUGCCCACUCAUAUAUCGAAACGCCUAUUCGAUAUUCACAACCUCUGAAUUGAGAUCACAAUUUUAAUUCCUGAUGCCACAACUCAUACCACACGAGUCGCUAAAGUGGAAUCUUGAAGGGUUGUUGGGGGGCUAUAAGGUGACAACUUUGGAUGAAUUCUGGAUUGGCCUAUUAGCGCUGGAGGCCGUCUUGAUUACGGGCGUUUUAGGCUUGUGGACGUUGGAGGCCAUAGGUCGAAAAGAACAGAAACUCGGUGGAAUAAGUCAGACUACACUCUACAACUAUAGGAACAAAUGAUAUAGAAAAAUGAGAUGGAAGUUAAAUGCAGUCGUACGUGGGCGAGUAAGAAACGAUCUAAUGAAGUUAAUCCAUGGAGAUAUAUCCCCAUCUUGAUAGGUAUGGC